AUGGUCAACGGUGGCAAAUAUGGUAGAAAAUAUGAUCGUUCUAGAUUCGGUGGUAGAAAAUAUGGUUAUUCUAAAUUCAGUGGUAGCAAAUAUGGUCAUGCUAUAUAUUGUAGUAACGAAUGUGGGCUAACAUUUGGAGCAGUUUUUAAAGUAGUGGAGCAAGCUUAG